CAUAACUCGGGAAGCAUUGUAUUUGAAGAGUACAUGAACGUGAAAUUAUGGUAUUCCGUUCAUAUUGCUUGCGAUUGGAGCGCAUACUUCCGAUAAUAAUGCUGAUUUCAAUUAGAAAUAGGGUUUGCUCUUCCUUCUUAUUUCCGUCUCAGAUGAAGACAAAGGCCAUCAUUAUGACAAAGAAAUCGAGUGUCUGCGGAAGGCCCUUUGCAGAUGUUCCCAACGUCAAGCACGUGGGCACCAAAGCUUUCGCUUCGGCAGCUCCCUCCUCUGAUAGCAGGGAAACUGCGUCUAAUCAUUCCAAACGAGUUCUCGGUCAAGACGCUAGUAAAAAGUACGAAGAACUGAUGGGAGCUUCCAAAUUGCAACUAGCUCCAAUGAUGGAAUAUACAGAUCGUCACUUUCGACACCUUGUUCGCUUGGUUUCCAGAAAGACCCUCCUUUACACAGAAAUGGUGGCCGCCAAUGCCUUGGCUCGUGAAAGAGAUGAUUGCAUGAAAGAUUACGAACGGACAGCAAUGGAGGACUCGUCGAGAACAUCACCACCGUCGAGACAGGAAAUACGAGAAAAUUAUGCUGAUCACUACUUGCAAAGGUAUUUGAGUCAAGGCCACAUUGAACCAUUAGAAGGUCCUUCAGUCUUACAGUUGGGUGGAUCAGAUCCCAAACAACUCUACGAAGCAGCACAAACAGUUAUGGAUAUGGUGAGUUUUGACAAAACGUUUAUCGAUUUUGGGUCAUUCUAGACCACAAUGCCAAAGCUUGAGACUAAUUUUUUUUCGAACAAAUUAUCAAACCUACACACCAACUAUUCAGACCGAUAGAGGACAUUGCGACUACACAGCGUUGAAUUUGAAUUGCGGUUGCCCAAGGUAUGUCAUGAGCGAGUUUUCUCGUGGUGUUUACGUUUGCUUUCAUAUAGGACGUGAAAUAAUUUUGUUUCUGUAAUUUUUGUGCAGUCCAAAAGUCGCUGGAAAAGGAUGUUUUGGUGCCGCUUUAAUGGAUGAACCAAGGCUAGUAGCCGAAUUGACAAAUGCGUUGCAUGACGGUUGUGAUGGCAAACUUCCCGUGACAGUCAAAUGUCGGAUCGGCACCGACACAGAUGAACCCUUCACAAUGGAAGGGUAUGCGGAAACUGAUCCAGAAUUAGAAUACAAAAAUGUGUGCCAAUUUAUUGAAACGGUUGCUUCCAAUUCGCCAGUCACAGACUUUCAAGUGCAUGCACGAAUUGCCGUGCUGCGAAAGUCCUUUUCUCCCGCUGAUAAUCGUAAAAUUCCUCCUUUGAAGUAUGAUAUUGUACGGAGGCUUGCAACAGAGUACCCGGAGUUGACGUUUUCUCUUAAUGGUGGUAUCGAUACUCUUUCUCAAGCGCAGGAUCAACUCAACCAGUGCCCUGAAUUGAACGGAAUCAUGAUCGGGAGAGGAUUCGCUGCGGAUCCAUGGGGUUUUGCCAUGGCUGAUUCUCUUCUUUAUGAAUCAGGAAACGAAGAGGGUUUCACACCACGAAAUCGGUUGGAAGUUCUCACCGAAUACGUGAAACACGCAGAUGCUGAGGAGGAACGUGGAGAUCCUGUGAAAAUUCGACGGUUCAUUACGAAAGCAGUACAGACACUCUUCACAGCAGAACCAAAAGCGAAACGUUACCGCAUAGCCCUAGACGAGAUUGGUGGAAUGCCGAAAAAGCUGCUACGUGAAGGAAAGAAUCUAGCAGAUCAGCCUCCUUUAUCCGAAUUAAUUUUGAAUGCUGCACACACUCAUUUAUCGGAGGAAGUCCUGCUGAGGACUCCUGAAGAGAGCUAUGAAAGAAAACUUUAUGAUGAACGCAAAUCUGCUCUGAGAGCAGGACGGUCAAGUGCUGUUACAGAUUGGCAACUGGAGCGUAUCCAACAACAAAAAGAAAAUGGGGGAGGAACUUACGAAGCAGCCCUUGCAGGUGGUGAAACAUCUAUUCGGGAUUGACUAUGCUUCACGACAAAAUG